CUCCCUCCUGUCCGCCGUGUGUCUCCGAGUCUCUCUCUGUCUCUGCCUCUCGGGAGUCGCUAUGGACAGCCGCAACGGCGAUUUCAACAUCCUGCUGGCGACCGACUCCUAUAAGGUGACACAUUAUAAGCAAUACCCACCCAACACAACCAAGGUAUAUUCCUACUUUGAAUGUCGUGAAAAGAGACCAGAAGAAAUGAAAAACAAGAAGGUGAAAUAUGACGAGACUGUCUUCUAUGGUUUACAGUACAUUCUGAAGAAAUAUUUAGCAGGCACGGUUGUGACCCGGGAAAAGAUACAAGAAGCCAAAGAGGUUUAUAAGGAGCAUUUUCAAUAUGACGUGUUCAACGAGAGUGGCUGGAAUUACAUUCUGGAGAAGCAUGAGGGUUACCUCCCAGUAGAAAUAAAGGCGGUUCCCGAGGGCAGUGUGAUUCCCCGGGGGAACGUCCUCUUCACUGUUGAAAAUACUGACCCAGAAUGCUACUGGCUGACAAACUGGGUGGAGACAUGCCUUGUUCAAACUUGGUAUCCAAUCUCUGUGGCCACCAAUUCCAGAGAGCAGAAGAAGAUUCUAGCCAGAUACUUGCUGAAGACCUCCGGCACUUUGGAAGGACUGGAGUACAAGCUUCAUGACUUUGGCUACAGAGGCGUUUCAUCACAAGAGACUGCAGGAAUAGGAGCUUCUUCUCACCUGGUCAACUUCAAAGGAACGGAUACGGUUGCAGGAAUCACUGUAAUAAAGAAAUAUUAUGGAACCAAAGACCCAGUGCCAGGAUUUUCGGUUCCAGCAACAGAGCACAGCACAAUCACUGCCUGGGGAAAGGAUGGUGAAAAAGAUGCCUUUGAACAUAUUGUGAAGAUGUUUCCCACUGUGCCUGUGUCUGUGGUCAGCGACAGUUACGACAUCUAUAACGCCUGUGAGAAAAUCUGGGGUGAACAGCUGAGGAGUUUGGUUGAAAGGAGGAGUCCUGGUGCUCCACUUAUUAUCCGGCCUGAUUCAGGAAAUCCCCUCGAUACCGUUUUACAGGUCCUUGACAUUCUUGGGCGGAAAUUUCCAACAACUGAGAACUCCAAAGGUUAUAAAUUGCUGCCUCCUUACCUGCGGGUCAUUCAGGGCGAUGGAGUGGACAUACACAGUCUACAUGAGAUUGUACAGGGACUGGAAGAAAAGAGGUGGAGCAUUGAAAACAUUGCCUUUGGAUCUGGGGGUGCUUUGCUGCAGAAAAUGACAAGAGACCUUCUGAACUGUUCAUUCAAAUGCAGUUAUGUAGUAACCAACGGCCAGGGGAUGAAUGUUUUCAAAGAUCCUGUCAUGGAUCCAAACAAGCGAUCUAAAAAAGGCCGUCUGUCAUUGCAUCAGACCUCCUCCGGGCAGUUCAUUACGCUAGAAAAGGGAAAAGGGGAGCCUGAAGAAUAUGGCCCGGACUUACUGCACACCGUUUUUAAGAAUGGCAGAAUUGUGAAGAGUUACACCUUCGACCAAGUUCGAGAAAAUGCCACGUUAAAGAAAAAAGAUCUUGAAGAGCUCCCGUGACGACGUGAUUUCCACGAGAUUGUAAACAUGUCUGCAAUGAGUGGCUCAUUGCGUGUGCAUGUGUGGAUGUGUGUUUAUCCUCAGUUGUGGUAACUUGAAACAAAUUUCUAGAACCACUUCAUGCUGGAUCGUGUGUAAGGACACAGCAAAUGAGUCAACAAACAAAAAGCCCCAAUGUUUCCACCGGAUUGCUUCAGUUCGACCCUGGGGUUUGUGACAACUGCCCCCCCCCCACAAACACACACACCCACAACCCCACCCAGACAAACCCUCCCCUCCACACACACAACACCCCCCACACACACACACACCCACAGACUUCCCUGCUAACCCCCCCAAAUUUCCACAUGUAAGUGGGAUGCAUUUAGUUUGAAGUAAGUUGUUUCGUGUAGAUACUCUUAAGCAUAGUGAUGGGUUUCCGCAUGUGUCAGACACCUGGCUGACCAAAAAGAAAGCACCCUCCCCCAUGCACAGCCCCCCGUGACACACUUCACACACACACACACACACAAAAUAACCCACUAACACACACACACACAUAACCUCUACACAAACUACCAUAGAGUAACUCAUUUGGAUACUGAUUAUCUGCUGCCUGUACAGUGAGAUGUAAAUGGUUGAGAAUCAUACACAAAAUUAGGAAUUAUGAAGAUGUGCAAAAAAAAAUUUGCUUCCCAUGUUGACUGCACCUCUCAUUACAAAGGACAUGCUGAGAAACACGAUUAGAAAUGGGCCAAAGUUGGGAAAUAUUUUAAAAUAUAUUUUUGAUGUGUAUAUAAUAUAUGCCUUUAUUCAAAUUUUUUGUGUUUUAGUAUUCAGGAGAAUAUUUCUUUUUAUGAGGUUCUGAUGUCUAAUUUGAAUGUGGAGGCAGAUGGAAAGAUGGAGAAACUACAAUCUUGUUUGUAAGUGUGGAUGGACCAUUUGGAAGCCUGGCCCUCUUCUGCUCAGCUUUUCCUUUUGGAAGGAAUGAUCCAAGUAAAAUACUUAAUGCUGUAGUAUUCCCCCCCCCCCCCCCCCCACCAAUUUACCUGCUAGAAUUGUAGGGGGUUUCAACAGACCUUCACUUUUAACACACCAAAAGAAGCUGUCACAACUGCCUUUGCAGGUACCAGCCGGGAUUCAUAUCAAAAGUCGGCGAUUGUGCUGCUCUAGUAAAUAGAUGUUAAUCAGACUUGCAAUGUAUUUGUUCAGCUCACUAAUCCUUUCAUUCACAACCAUUUCACUUCUAUCCCCAAACCUAACCUUUCUCAAAUCACAUUUAACCCAGUGCUUUUCAUUUUUGCCUUGUUUGUACAAUUUAUUUUUGCCUCGUUUGUAAAAUUUUAAAUCCCAUUAAUUUUAAAAGUAGUUGCGGUAAGGCUUGAGAUGCUGGGAACUUGCUGUUUAUUGUCACCCUGCACAAUAGCUGGCUUUCAGGGUAGUGUGUAAGGCAGGGAUUCAGGCUGGAAAGAUAUGUUAAAUAGGCAAAAAAAGACAAAACAGUAGAAUCAACCCUUUAAAAAAUGUCCCUUAAAUUCUUAAAGCUGCUGUGGUCAGUGACAUGCUUGAUAGUGUAUCUAUGUUGUAUUUCAUGUCCCUAGAAUUUUUGAAAAUAUUAGGUUUUUUUGUAUUCCCUGUUGUGACAAAACUCCAAAACAUUACAUAUUGUUCCUUAGACUAUGCAAUAGGAUUGUUUUAUAACAAUGCACAGAAAAUACUAUCUUCUAUUUAUCCGUACACCAAUAGCUUCACAGUUCUUCACACCAUAGGCAAAAUCAUGUGAGAAUAAACCCAUAUGCUAAUUAA